CACUCACUCUGUAUCUGCUUGAUCAUUCUCCCGGGAGUCUGCACUGCUGCUUCUGCUGCUCUACAUCACAGAGGUUGACACAACAGUUCACAGUUGAUGACUGCUAACAUCAGUACUAUCUGAAAUUUAAUCUAACAACUGUUGAUUACUGUAAAGCCUCCAGGCAAAAGAAGACAACUUCUAGAACAAAGUAUUAAUUUACCCAGAACAACAAGGUCAUGGAGAUUCAUUAUUCUGCUGUGAUUCUGCUAGUCUUGGGCGUUGCUUUCACUGCUUAUGGUCAACAACCACCACCACAUAUAAAGCCCCGUUAUGAAAACUUCCUCAAUCAGCAUUUGGGUCCUCAUGUGAAUGAGCAUAUUUGUGACACAGAAAUCAGAAAGAGACACAUCACUGCCCCUGGAACUGCAAAUGGCUGCAAAGAAGUUAACACCUUCAUACAAGUGAAUUUAAAUGAUCUUAAAGCAGUUUGUGAUCCAGAAAAAGGAAAACCACAGGGCAAUAAUAUGUUUAUGAGCAACACUGUUUAUCAUGUGGUCACGUGUAAAUUACGAAGUGGGGCGAGACACCCAAGAUGUACAUAUAGAGGGAGGAAGUCCACUCGUUAUGUUGUUCUGGGGUGUGAUGGAGGAUGGCCUGUACAUUAUGAUGAAGGCAUAAUUAAUGGAUAGAUGACCGGCUGAAUAGAGCCUCACAGAAGCUUCAUAAUAGUUUGCUAAUCAUUUGUUCGCCACUUAUUUUCUGUCUUUUUCUAUCAAAAAAAAAAAAUCUCUAAUUAUAUUUGAGCAACAUCAGUUUUUUUUUUUUUUUGAAGAACCACAUAAAAGUCCACCUGAAGUUAAAAGAAAAUGUAUUCCUCUGUAAUUGUGAGACUCUGUAGGACGGAGAAUAUCUUCACUGUCUCUCAUCUCAUGGUGCACCAGAUAGUUUUUUCCUUAAGUAAGCAUAAUGUUAAAAAUAAAUUUACAUUUUUUCCUAUUUAACUUUAAUGGUAAUUCUUCAGAAUCUCUCUAAGAUCUUCACUUCUUAAUGCACGUCUCUGUGUGUAAUUGUGCCUAUCAUGUGGGAGAUUGCUAGUCUAGCAAAAUAUUAAGCACUCUGUUAACACUUAAGCAUUAAAAAAAAAAAAAAAAACUUUUUAAUGGGAGUAGUGAAUGUGCAAAAACAGAUGAGGAUAAGAAAGAUGAAGAUGCUUUUUCCACCUGUCUGUAAUUCUCAAUAAAA